GAGUGGGACGUGCGCAGGGCGGGAAGGCGGCCGAGGUUUGAAAGCGGCGGCAGUGGCGGCGGCGCGGCCGGGCCCCUGUGGCCCGGGAUGGCGGCAGCCCAGAAUCAUUUUAAAAAGGAAUACAGGCCAAGAUUCUGCUGCGGAGAAGGAAAGAAGAUUGAUAUACAGCCAGGUCAAAACAUACUUAAAGCUGUACUGGAUUGUUUUGAAAGCUGUGAUGAUAAUAUCACACUAUGCUCUCCAAGUGCAACCCGUUGCUCAACUCCUGUUGUCCAAAAUGAGAAGAGGACUUCGAUACACAGCCAGAGGCUAAAGGCAGGGUUAAAAGAAACCUGUAAUUCUCCAGAGUCCUUACCUGCAUCACCACUAAAAGCAGUCAGGAGCAGAGCUGUUUCUAAGAAGACAGAGUCUCCUGUGUCUAAAGGAGAAACAAGUAACAGAUUAAAUGAUGUUGAUAUACUGUGCAUAAGUCCUACUGUGUCUUCAGACUCUGAGGAUGAUCGUGGAUUACGUUUUGAUGACCAAAAGAGUCCUGCUGGGGUCCAGACUGGGAGAGAUAAGAAUGCUGUCUUUGUGCAAGAGCGAGAAAGCAAUGCUAAGUCUCCUGCAAAAAGAAACUCUUUCGCUUCAGCUGUCUUUGCAGCUGUGGCAACAGGAGCUCUUGGAAAAAGGUAUUCAGCCCCAAUAUCAUCACAACCACCACCACCUCCUCCUAAGGAAGGUGAAGAUGUUGAAAUAGAAGAUGAGUGUGAAUUUUUAAUUGAUGAAUUGGACGAUAGGUCUUCUAAGUUUUGGUUUUCAAUACCCCGUAAGAGCAGCAAAUUAAAAAAAGACACCGCUGCAACUCCUGUUUCCAAGCCUCAGCCCUCCAAAAAGAAGACAGAGAGCAGGAAAGGGAAGAGGAGAAAAGUACAGGCUGAAGUACCUACUGAACGGCAAGCAGGUGGGUUGGAUGUCAGAGUACUGGACUUCAGAGAAGCAUCAGAAUCAGAGGCAGACUGUAACAGUAAAGGAAAAGUCCUUAAAUCUCCACGGAAAAGCAGUACAUGUACGGGAGAGACUGAAAAAGAUGCACUUAGGCAAGGCACUCCAAAGCAGAAAGAGGGGAGGUCCAGGAAGCCAGGAGCUGACAAACUGCCAUUGCCCCAGCCUGAACUGGAAACACAAGCAUCUGAUGCAGAACAGUGUAAAACAAGGGGGACUCCAGAUGGGGAUUCACCUGUGCCCUCAGCUGGGCAUCAGCAAGAGCAGACUGUGUCUUCUAAAAGGAAACUCAAGUCUUCCAAGAAUCUGCAGUCGGCUUCAAAAUCUUCUCAGCGUGUUGUUCCCAAGAAACAAACUGCUAAGCAGAAACCUCCAAAAGCUCCAGUGGCUAAGAGAGGGGCAGAAAGUCCAUGGAAGAAGCUUAAAAUAUCUGCCAAGAAAAGUAGCAAUAAAAAACCUCGGUUACAGAGAGAGGAGAGUUCUGACAGUGAACCUGGUGAAGAAGAGCUGGAAAGAGAGCCUGCAAAACCGGCUGAAGAGGUCGGAUCACUCCCCCACCAGAAAUUACAGACUCCCACCAGCCAGCAGUUGACCAAGUCUGAAAAUAUGUUGCAGGUACUGGAGUCACUUGAUGAUGCAACUAACAGAAGUCUUGUACAAGCACUGCAGUGUCUCAUAGACAGUGUGAAGAGUUCUGAAGUGAAACAAUUGCCAGCCAAGUCUUCAGAGAAAGUUCCCCAAAAGCUCCGUCACAGAGACCGUAAAGGUGCUUUCUCAGACGCUGAGAGCACUGUCUCUCACAUGCGUUCUGACCGCACUUCUCUGCAGGGCACAGCGAGGGAGAAAGAGAAGUUAGCAGAUGUGAAAGUGAAAAGCACCAAAAGGAAGCGUCACGUGCAGCGUGGACCACAUGGGCCUUUCCUAGAAGAUGGUGAUGGAUUUCCUUCUGGCUGUCAGUGUUCUGAACAGGAUAGUUUAUCUCCAGAUAUUUCUGAGGACUUGGAUUUUCAAGCAAGAGCUCUGUUGUCAAACAAAUCAACAAACCGUAAGAUAGUAAUGCCUUCCAACACGCCUAACAUGCGGCGGACAAAGAGGAUCCGACUGAAGCCUCUCGAGUACUGGCGAGGAGAGCGGGUGAACUAUGAAGUAGGUCCUUCAGGAAAUCUUGUGGUUACUGGAGUAGUGUGUCCAGAAACAGAACCUCAGACCAAGAUUAAACAUAGGAAGGAUGGUGGCAAGCAGAAAAGAGCUAAAAGAAGAAAGGAGGAACCUCCAGUUUUGGACCACAGCCUAGGUGAUACUGCUAAACCAACCAUUGUACUGGACCCAGUCACAAAUGAGGAAGUACAUCUAGAUUGUGUCACCACUGGAACAUGUCACUCCUGCUUCUUCAAGGACGAAACAGUAGAAAUCUACAAACACCUGAAUACAUCUGCUUUUGCCACUGGGAAACUGGUUUUGAAACCACUCAAGGAGAAGGGGCACCAGUUUGUGCACAUGGAUACCAUAGUUUUCCAUGUUAUCUAUGGCAAAAUUAUCACUACCUUACAUAAGACAUCGUACUACCUGACUACAGGGGACUACUUCUAUGUUCCAGCAGGAAACAGAUACAACAUCCGAAAUCUUCUGGAUGAAGAAAGUGUUCUUCUCUUCACACAACUCAAAAGGGACAGGUGAAGAGCUUGGUGCAGAGAGGUUUGCUGGAACUACACUGAAGCUGUUGUAUGUUCUGAAGUUCUUUUUACAUACAAGAACUGUUUUGAGUGGGCCCAGCUUAACACUGCAAACUCAUAUAGAGCAACUGAGAUCAGUAGAGAGCAAACCCAAGAGAACCUCAGUAGUCUGGUGUCAAACAAACGACAUACUGAGGGGCCUCAUUCUUCAUCAGUUACUGGUCUUGUGCAGUCCAAUGACACAAAGAUAUAUGUACAAAUUUGUGAAUAAAACACGUUGUUUUUGUUCCAAACCCUAUUUAUAUGCCAUGUCUCCCUGAAGAUGCUUAGCACUUGAAGCAUUUUUGAUGUCUUCAGCUAACAUCUGCUGUUCUCAAUGUCUGUCUGGUGCAAGACUGUUCAGAAGAGUUCUACUGAAAUAUUCUUACAUGCUGUUCCCAUUCCAGUAAUUGUUGUCUGGGAGAGGGCUUCUGGAAUACUUGUGCCUAGCCUUCUUCUAAUAUGUUAAUAGCAGUCUCUUGUCUAGCAGAUGUAUGAUUAGUGCCUCAAGUUCUGACUGCAAAGCGGGGGCUCUUGAGGACGAGAAGAU